AUGGUACCCAUUCGUCAACUGCUUCGCCAUGGUGAGCGGAUGCGACCUACUUUGACCUCUUUCGGUCGGAGGUUCUCAACCACGCCGCGAGUCGCUGCUGAAAAUAACGGCUCAUCGUCCCGUCCAGCUCAAUCGAACACGGUUGGCAAUCGAUCAUCUUCCACUCCAAAUCAGCAACGUCGACCACGACCCGCUAAAGCGAUCGAUGCCCGCGCAUUUGCAGCAUCUGGAAGUGCUGGGGAGCAGCCUCGAGUUAUUCGAAGCCCUCGACUGCGAAACGUCCGUGGAAAUUCGAAUGCCGGGAAGACCAAGCCGGUGACCAAAAAAGCCGCGCGAAAAGAUCGCAAACAAAAUACCAGGAAAUCUGAGAGAGACGAUUCUGAGGACCUCAAUGCGGCCAGGAUCGACCAGAUUGAACAGGAGCAUUUACUCAAGGCUCGGCCGACACCGGUCCGCUAUGAGCCCAGGGACAUUGAUUUUUCGACAUUGCAGCAGACAUGGCCGUCGCUGCCAUCAGGCGUGCACGCUCGGUCCAGCGCAGUCCUCGAAAAGCUCUCAAGCUUAAGCGAUCGUUUCCCCAAUGGAUAUGUGCCUCCUUAUGAACUUGGCCGGCGCCUUUGGAAAGGCAAGAGUGUUCUCUUCUACAGCGAGGCCGAGAAGGCAGAGGCUCUCCAGGAGGUCUCGCGAUUGGCUCGGACCCGUGCAGAUUCCAUCUCACAACGCAAGGGUGAUCUUGUAGAACCGAAGAAAGUUGAGUUCAGCUCUGUUGCGCAAGAAGAUUCGAAGAGACUGCUUGAGACUUAUGUCCUAGGCAAUUAUCCCCCGGUGAAAUCCGGUCAAGAUCAGCCUGCUGUUCUGGAGGAUGUGGUCAAGAACCUACGCAAUAAUGGAACAUAUGAAACCAUGGGCAAGCGGACACAAUUUCUCGCCAAGGUGGAAUCUCUGCUGGCUUCUGGUCGCCCAAAACGAGCCUAG